AUGCAUCUCUCAUUCCUAUCCUCCCUGGUCCUGCUCUCGUCGUCGGCGGUAUGGGCAUUGCCAGAGAAGCGGACGACAUCGGACCUGUUCGUGGCCGCUCCAGCAGGCCCGAUCGUCGGCCAUUAUUCUGCGCCGUCGUCGAAUAAACCUGUCAGAGAGUUCCUUGGUAUUCCAUUCGCUAAAGCCCCCGUGGGCCCGCUCCGCUUCCUGCCACCCGUCAAGGAGUCGAGAUGGAACUCCCCCUUCGUGGCCAAGGCGUACGGCCCUUCGUGCUACAACUCGAACUUCCAAGUCGACCUCAGUGGUGGAACCGGAGAGAACCCGAUCGAACUGGCGCCGCCAACGUCCGAGAGCGAGGACUGUCUGUCGCUCAAUAUCUGGGCUCCUCCGGCAGCCCGCGCAACUCCGGGCGGCGCCGCCGUCAUGAUCUCCCUCUACGGCGGCGGAUUCGUGCUCGGCGGUAGCGAUACCCCCCUCUUCAACGGCACGAACAUGGUCCAAAACCAGGAUGGCAUCAUUCUCGUUACGAUCAACUACCGCCUGAACGUCUUCGGUUUCCCCGCCACACCCGCGCUCAAGGCCGACCAGCAGAACCCAGGCCUCCUCGACGUCCGCGCGGGAGUCGAAUGGGUCCAGAAAAACAUCGCCUCGUUCGGCGGCGACCCCAAGAAGAUCACCUUGUUCGGCGAGUCCGCCGGCGCGGCGGCCACGGACGCCUACCUCUACUACGCGCGCGAGGACCCGAUCGUGUCCUCCGCGAUCCUGCAGUCCGGCACCGUCUUCAUCAUCACCGAGGGCAUUCUCGGCAGCCCCGCGGGAGCGUGGGGCAACCUGACGGCGACGCUGAACUGCACCAAGUCCACAGCUGCCGCGACGCUCGCGUGCGUGCGCCGCGUCCCCGCCGUCACCCUGCGCGACGCCGUCAACACCAGCGGCGCCUCGUUCACGCCCGUCAUCGACAACGGCACCAUCUUUGGCGACACCGUGGCGCGCCUCGCCGCCGGGCAGCUGACCCGCGUGCCCACGCUCAUCGGCUCCAACAACGACGAGAUCCCCGGUGAGACCCCCGGCGCGUACAUCACCGCGCUGGCGUUCACCUGUCCCGCGGCGAGAUCGGCUUCGCACCGCGCCUCGUACGUGCCCACCUGGCAGUACAGGUACCACGGCAGCUUCCCCACCGGCAACCCUAACUUCCCCGACCCCGGCGCCUUCCAUGGCUCCGAGCUGGCGCAGGUGUUUGGUACCUACAACCGCACUUCCGCCACCCAAGCCCAGCGUGAGAGCUCAGAGUAUAUCCAGGGUGCCUGGGCCACGUUCGCGAAGAACCCCACCAGCGGCCUUACUGCCCUGGGUUGGCCGACGUACAAGCGAGGCGAGAAUACGCUGGUGAGACUGGCGUACGAUAAUGUUCCCGGAGCCACGUUCGUGGACCCCGCGACGUACGAGGGACCGUGCUCGGGCCUGGCUGCUGCCUAA